AUGCCACCCAAAGCCAAGGCACCACCUCUGCCUCCUCUGCCCCUCACGCCCAAGCAAGAGCAAGCGCUGCGAGGCCUGUCCAUCACCGAAAAGACCCUCGUCGUCCAAGCAGGUCAGUCACUCGUGCAUCGGCGCAGAUGAGCUCCAUUUUCUGAGCCGAUUGGUCCUAUUUCUAGUGUACGAGACGGGCACAGCAGAAUUCAAGGCCGCGUCCAAGCUGUUGCAAGGCCAUCCGUUGUUGGUCCAUCGCCCAAAGCACUUCUUCUCCCCCGAGGUCAGUGCCAGACCUGACUGCGUGAGUUCUUGUUUCGACGAGCUGCUUAUCCCGUUUUGCGACUACGCUUACAGAAAAUGGCUACCGUCCAUGCGGCUCUGAGCAAACAACUAGGUCUAUCACCGUCAGCAUCCUCCCUCCGUCCCAAAUUGGCCCACCCCCACUUUCAAGCUGACGCUCAACAUUCACUUACUGCAGCGAGCAACCGCAACCGCAACACUCGGCGCAACUGCUCCAAGUCGCUCGCAAGUGGUACCUCGAAAGGGUAUACGAACUCAGAGGCGUGAUGCAGCAACAUGUCGAUCGCUUCAAGUGUGUUUCAGCGACUGUUCCCAUCACGAAACCCGGAGCAUUCGUGCUCAUGCACCUUUCUUUUCUCUCUUGAAUUCAGAGAUGCGUACAAGGAACUCGAGGCGCUCAAGGCCGGUGAAAUGGAUUGGAAAUUGACCGAUCCGGGACGGCUCGCAGCGGUGCAAGCAAACUCAAACGCCGUCGUGCAAACAGCACCAGCAGCGGUCCCUUCCACCACGCCACCACCACCGACAUCGACCCCUGCAGCUUCGGAAACUCAGCCGACGGUCGUAUCUGAUGCGGUGCCUUCACUCCCAACAAUACUCAACUCCGAGCCCAUGAAGGUGCAAAGUGAACAAGACCGUCGAGCCAAGAAGAGAAAGGUGUCCGUCGGACCCGAGCCUACGACGGCACCACCAGCAGCAGAAACAGGACUCGGCGUCUCUUCUACGCCUUUGGCCACCCUCCCUUCCAUCCCUACGACCGAAGCGACCUCCACACCAACAGCAACGACUACAACAACAUCCACCAUACCUCAAGACGUUGUCCCACUCAUCAACACAGAAGCACCCGAGUCGAUCAUCAAAGAAGACACUACCGACGCGAUGAACGUCGACAUCGACCCCCUCGCGGCAUUGACGAGCAUCGAUCUGGAUAUCGAAGCCGGCGUCGCGGCGGCUGUGGCGGCCGCUUUGGGGGGUGAGGUCGUCGUAGGCGCGAACGGGGGAAGUUGA